GGCAGAUCGGGGCAGAGUCCGAAUCGCAAAGUUGACCGUUCAGAGAGCGUUUAAAAACAGAGCCACAGCAUGUCUGAAGGGAACAGUCAAGGGCUGUCAAGAGAACCGCUCUCUGCAGUUGCGGUGCUGUCUUGCAUAAACAAAGCUCCAGACGGCUACUACGUUGUUGCACAAACAACAGAUGGCUCUGACGCCGACCUGUGGAAGGACGGCUUAUUCAAAUCCAAGGUCACUCGCUAUCUCUGCUACACAAGGAACACUGGCCCUGACGUCGUGGUGGACUUGAAGCUGACUGACAUUAAGGAGGUCUUGCCGGAGGGCUUCGCACCUGUGCUGGAGACAAUAGAUACAAAGGAGUCUGCAACAAGGAAGAAGAGGCUCUGUGUGAAAACCCUUCCUCGUGGAGCUGCUGACACUGCUGUCAAUGAUAUUCAGAUCAUCUCAAAAUCCAAGUACCAAAUUAAAGAUUACACCUGUGUGGGGGAGAUGAACAACAUGUGGAUUUGGUAUCGAACAGGAGAGUUCUCCAAGUGUGUGGCAACUCAGGCGAAGAGCACUGAAACUACAAGUGGGGCUUCUUCAAGCAGGUGGACCCCCAGCAGGCCUGACUACAAGCAACAGAACAGUGGAAGCCUAACUUUAUCAGUAUCACUACAACUUCUCCACGGAGAAAAGCAUCGCCUAUUAACGUCCCACUUAAAGAACUCAAAAGUGCUUCGAUCACAUUUGUCAGGCGCUAUAAGAGCAGCAUCAUCCCACGUGAAUCCCAACGACGGCUCUUCCAGAGUCAGGUUUUUAUGUUCUUUUAUUUUCUUUAAAUGCAUUUCUUCUUUAAAUGAAAUAUGUUUUUGCUUCAUCCCUGGAAUACAUUUAUUUCUAAGGACUUGGUGCACAGAAAGGCACGAGGAUCAAAUGCUUAAAGUCAAAAUGUGUUAGAAAUAAAACAAAAACUAAAAUAUUAAUAAUAAUUAAAAAAAACAAAUUGUAAAGAUGGAAAGAAAAAAAACAGAACAGAAAUAGGCAAAUGAAAUGUAUGUAUAUUUUGUCAUGCUUCUCUCCCAGUUUUCUUAUUUAAAAAGAAACAAAAAUAGUCCUGCCAAUUAAAUAGAAGCAGUAUUUAUUAAUAAAUAUUUUUUCUGUAUUCCAAUUUUCUUUCAGACUUUAUGCAAUAAACACUUCUGCAAUUAAAAAUAAACUUAACAUGAGUUUGUUUUACACUGGCUUGUUUGUAUUUAAGUAGCUUCCAGUAUUAGUACUUUUAAAGUAGAGUAAAGGUACAGUGGAUCAUGUUCUGUUGAAUUUGAUGUUUUAAAUCUAGCUAUUUCACAUUUUUAUGGAUGUAAACAAAGCUCAAACUGCUGUCUGUUGAAUGACGCACAAACACUGUUAUUUUAUUUAUUUUUACAUUUUUGUUUUGUCUCUCCAACUGUUAAACUAAUAUAAGGGUCAUUUCAAAUUCAGAAGAGCAGAUUAAUCAGCUACAGAGGCUUUUCAAAAACAUAUUUUUUUAUUUUUAUACUUCAUUACAACUGUGCAUAAUGAACUGUGAUAUGCUCAUGCAUGAGGAUUGAUGAGAGAAUAUGCAUGUGUAUUGAAAUUGUAGAUAAUUACUCAUUAAUUAUUAAUAUUAAUGAAUAGAUAAAAAAUAUUUUAUAAACAUAGCAAAAAAAGUGCAUUAACAAAAAUCACACAACAAAAUAACACACAGGGUUCUAUAUUAUAUAUUAUAUAACUGUAAUGCUUGUUGUGAAAUUGUAGGUCGCACAAAAAAUGUCUACAUAUAGAUAAUGUAGACAAUUAUGUAUAUGUCUGUCGUUUCGUCAGAGACUGACAUGGCGAAUAUUUUAUUCACCGAUGUGGAACAGAUGAACUCAUGAAGGUGACAGCUGCGACUAUUAAAAUCAAUGGGGACACAGAUUUAUCAAAGUUUAUCCCCAAUAAUAUUUUUCUUCCUCUAAAGUUGCCGUCAUGAUACCACACCAGGAAGUCAAUCACAUUAAAGACAUUCAGGAUAAGCGGAUCUAUAUUAAAAAGUUCUAGUUAAUAUGAGAGAAAAAAAACAUGAAAACACCCAAACCAAGAGUAAACAUCAACCUCCAAGCCAAAAUCUAAUCUAUUUAAUCUUUGUUGUCGCACAAGAAAUAUUAAAAGGCUGCACCGCAGAUUUUCUUCAAGUCGAGUGUCUGGUCUCAUAAUUGACUUUUCGACUUGCGGUUGGUUUAAAGUCGGCACUGACAGCGUCACGCCUGAAACGCUUCGCUGAGCUCACCGCUCCCCUGCAAAUCUUGACUCCUUUAUGGGUUGCUUUUACUAGACUUUUACCGUCUAACCAGUUGUUUCAACCAAUUAUUUUGUUUUUUUUAACGUAUGCUACUGUCGCGCCUAUGGGGCAUUUUAUUGGUCGGUCGACAGUGACAGAGGUCUGGGGAUGUUAAGACACGGACACUUUUAUAGGCGCGUCUUUGAUAUGUGGAGUUGUGUUGUGCAAGCAAAAUGUUCAAUGAACCCACAACUACAAGGUGUUACGACGCUCGGAGAGGCAGCAGAUGUUGCUCUGCAGUCUGUCGGAGUAAUAACGUAGUGUUGCUGAUCUCCAUUUGAAGUGAAACUCUGCAGCCCAGUGAUCUCAGAAACACAGCUCUCCUGGGAGACCUGCCCGUCGUGCAGCAUCACAGAGCCGCUUCACAUGGU